UUGGCAAAAGUGGACGAGACCCACAAUUGCUUGCUCCUCAGUCCGACGGCACGCCAAGGCUUUGACAUGUUCGCUUGGUGUUUGAGGGCUACUGAGACUCCAAACCGUUAUGAGAUCAAGGUUCACCAUCCAAACCAUGCCGGCGCGAGCCACGUCGACCGUCAUGUCACAUUCGAGGAUCGCAACACCGAGUUUACGUCUUCGGAUGACAAUGCCAGUGUCCCGAACUCAGGCACCACACCGCAGCCUCUUCAGCCCUCCCAAAAACCUCCCGGAGUCGAACCUCCCAAUCCCAGGCUGUUACGACUUCACGCUGCGCUCACCAGUGUCCUCCACCUGAGUGGAGCCGCUUCUGUGUUCGGUGCCCUGUACAGAACGCGUUCCGCUGCAAGCGAUUCCGUGCUUCCAGAUACGAAUGGCCCCGCUUUCUGGACGUCCGUAGUGUCGUACGAUGGGCCGGAAGUGACUUUGCAAGCGGACAUGUCUUAUUCCAUUGCGCUGUCGCUAUCGUCGUUAUAG